UCUGCAUUUUGGAUGGAUAGCGGGCAGAAUAAAUCUUCAACUCCUUGUUUCCUGACCACCAAAUCCAUUUAGCCUCUUCUACACAGGUCAAACUCAGUGCCAUGAAUGGAAAUGAGACCUUGUCCAGUGGCUUUACCCUCCUGGGGCUCUUCACUCACACUAAAGGCUCAGGGUUCUUUUUCGGUGUCAUUUGUGCCAUCUUCUUCAUGGCCGUGAUAGCUAAUGGAGUCAUGAUCUUCCUGAUUUACAUAGACCCACAUCUCCACACCCCCAUGUACUUCCUCCUCAGCCACCUCUCCCUUAUCGAUAUGUUUUACGUCUCCACCAUUGUGCCUAAGAUGCUGGUGGAUUAUCUUGCAGGUGAGAGGACCAUCUCUUUCAUUGCCUGCACGGCUCAGUGCUUUCUCUACAUGGGCUUCGUGGGGGCUGAAUUCUUCCUGCUGGGGCUCAUGGCCUACGACCGCUACGUGGCCAUCUGCAAUCCGCUGCGCUAUCCUCUCCUUGUCAGCCAGCGGGUCUGCUGGAGGAUCCUGGCCAGCUCUUGGUUCGGCGGGGCUUUGGACAGUUUUCUCCUCACCCCCAUUACCAUGAGUCUCCCAUUCUGUGCCUCUCACCAAAUCAAUCACUUUUUCUGUGAGGCACCCACCAUGCUGAGGCUGGCCUGUGGGGACAAAGCUGCCUAUGAAAUGGUGAUGUACACAUGCUGUGUGGCAAUGCUGCUGAUCCCCUUCUCAGUAGUGACCGCAUCCUACACCAGGAUUCUCAGCACAGUGCAUCAGAUGACAUCAGCUGAAGGGAGGAAGAAGGCCUUGGCCACCUGCUCCUCACACAUGGUGGUGGUGACAUUGUUCUAUGGGGCUGCUUUGUAUACAUAUAUGCUUCCCAAAUCCUAUCACACCCCACUCAAAGAUAAGGUCUUCUCUGGCUUUUACACCAUCCUCACCCCCUUAUUAAACCCUCUCAUCUACAGUCUGAGGAACAGGGAUGUGAUACGUGCCUUGAAGAGAGUUAUGGCAAGAUGUUGAGGGACCUCUGGUGUGAGGAGGAAAUAAUUCUGAUAAUUUAAAACCCCCACAUCCUGUUCAGGCAUGUGUGGCAUGGCAUCAUGGAUGACACGGAAAAUGCUGCAGCAACCGCCAAUGUCAUCCAUGCU